AUGGAGAAUGUAAUUGAUCUAGAGUCUAAACCUUUAAAAUACAGAACAACAUCUUAUCAAAGACUAGUUGAGAAAUUAAAAAGGAAUCCUUCUGAAUUCACAAAUGUAAAAGAUUGGUCAAAGCCAAAUACACCAAAAGAUAUAAUACAUCACUCUCUAAAAGGCGGUUCAAGGGCAUUUGUAUUAGCUUAUAGCGUUCGAGCAAGUGUCAGCUUCUGUUUAUAUUUAAUAAGAAUCAUUAGGGGAAAAGCUCAAUGGUCAUCUAUCCUACAAGCUUCCUUCAAGAAUUUGGAUUCAUUUAGGUUUGGAGCCAUGUUUGGCUCAUUUGCUUUCCUUUGGAAAUUAAUUAAUAAUGGUAUGCGACUUUAUCGAGGAAAAGAUGAUCGAUUGAAUGGAUUAAUAAGUGGUUCUAUUGCUGGUUUAAGUAUUUUAUUUGAAAAGAAAGAACGUAGAAUAGAUAUUUCACAACAGUUAUUAGUGAGAAAUGGGGAUGCUUUAUUAUUCGCAUUAACUUGUGGACAAGUAUUAUAUGCAUAUACAAUGAGGCCUGAAACUUUACCUCCUGACUUUUAUUCAUUUAUGAUUAAAGCAGCAAGAUGUCCUAAAGGUUCCAUUCAAUUAAACGCAAAGACGAUAAGGGGUAUACCUAUUACUUCAGAAGAAGCCUUAGAGGUUGUGAAGAAAUUACAUCCUACACAACAUGCAAUAGAUUAUGUGAAACGAAUGAAAACAAAUACAGACCCUGUUGCUUGUGAAAUUAUUCAUCCUUGGGUCAUUGGCUGUCAUGCAACUGCUUUAGACCGUUUUACUAAAGUAUUUAAAAGUUUCUUACCCAUCUAUGGCACCCUUCACUUUGUUCCAAUGCUUUUACUAAGAGCAAAGCAUUUUAAAAGAGAUCCAGUUACUAUGUUAUCAAAGACUACUAUUGCAACAUUAAAAUCGGGUGCAUUUAUGGCUACAUUUGUAACUUUAUACCAAUAUUAUAUUUGCUUACACCGUCAAUUGCUUAAAACAGGUUUAAUUGGUCAAUGGAAUUCAAAAUAUAUUUACUAUGCUGCAGGUGUUCUAUGUUCCUAUCCAGCUAUUUUCUUAGAAGAUAAGAAGCGACGUAGUGAACUCGCUCUUUACGUGCUUCCCAAGGCAAUUCAAAGCUUCUAUCAAAUAGCCUAUUCACAUCAAUGGGUAUUUAAAAUGAAGCAUUUUGAAGUAUUAAUAACUAGUUUUGCUAUGGGUAUCAUCAUGUCAUUUUAUCAAGAAGAAGCGGAUGUCUUGUCUUCUUUUGUUCGAAAAAUUAUGUAUCAAUUUUUUGAAAAGAAUUAA